GCACUGAUUCGCGCAAUUCUGUAUUUCCUAUACCAGAAAAAUGUCCAAAAUUCCCGUGAUUUUAUUAGUUUUCGUCCCAGUUAGUGUACUUUCAACACCUUCUGUAUGGUCAUGUCCGUUUAUGAAUCCGAUGAUGAUGAUGCCCGGCAUGGCGGUUGGCGAGGACUGUCCAACGGAUUCCUUCGUCCAUUACUACUCCUGUUGUGACGACAAUCCAUUCCAAUGCUGUUUCCAUUUCGAAACAUGGGCUAUCGUAAUUUUCGGGAUCAUCGGGCUUUUUAUAAUUGUGAGCAGCCUAUUCAUUGCCGGAAAACUGCUAAUGGCUCCAAAUUCGUCGAAAAAUGUGCAAAAUGGACGAGUUUAAGCUGGAAAUCUUCUAUGUUUAUGUAUUUAUUGAUGUGAUUUAUUGAUUUAUUGCUUUAUUGAUUUUUAUACGGAAAAUUGUAAAAAUGAUUUUUUUUGUCAUCUUAAAAAUUGAAUAAAAACGUGAAAUUUAU